UUUACUGUCGAAUGGGAUACUUAACUAGCUUUAACACCUAAAGCUAUGUUUAAGUCUGGUUUAGAUAGUCGACGACUUCCCAAAAGAUGUCGACUUUUCUUCCUUUUGACGCAUCUUUGAUGACAAGCGCUCCACUUUUCCAUAUGGAAACCACUGUUCCACUUACUUUUCGUGUUUUACGCAAGUCGGCAUAUAAGGGUCUGAACCGCUUCAAUCAGCAACCUGCUGUCUCCAUGACAACCCCUCCACUAGUGUCACCUUUUGCUGGGCAGCCUCUGCCUCAACAGCAGCAUCAGCAGGCCCAGACAGCUCGUGAUGUCAACACAGCUUCGUUGUGCCGCAUUGGCCAGGAGACGGUCCAAGACAUUGUCCUAAGGACCAUGGAGAUCUUCCAGCUCCUAAGGAACAUGCAGCUGCCUAAUGGAGUCACUUACCACCCCAACACUCACCAGGAUAGACUGGGAAAACUCCAGGAGCAUCUUCGCAUGCUUUCCGUGCUGUUUCGCAAACUGCGCCUCGUCUACGACAAAUGUUCGGAAAACUGCGCCGGGUUGGACCCCAUACUUCCAGAGCAACUGAUACCCUUUAUGGAAGAUGACGGCACCAAACAUGACGACCACUCAGCCAGCCAGAACCGCCCUACCGCCGAGGACAGGAGAGAAAUUCAGGAGGUCAACAAGCGGCUGAAGCAGAAAAAUCAGCAGCUGAAGCAGAUCAUGGAUCAACUGCGCAACCUCAUCUGGGAAAUCAACUCCAUGUUAGCCGUCAGAAGCUGAAGCGCAAUGAAAACCACGCACGCCCUCAUAAGAGUAUACGCGCCGGCACACCCUGAGGGUAACCGGACCCAUGAAGAAACUGCGGAUCUGCUGAGGCGGCACUUUAUCGACAAAGCCGGGGCUUUAUUUCCCAAGAAAGUAGAAAGAUGAAGACGACGCGGCGUGGCAACACAAAGCUGUGAGUCGUAUGUAGGGCAGCCCACCCGAAAAGAUUCUCGGCGGGGAUAUUUUUGGGACAUCUGUCUACCUCCAUAUUCGACAUUUAAAUCAACAAUUGAUGUUUUCAUCUAUUUGUAGCUCAAUAGAGUGUUAAUAUCUUUAGAAAGGCAUCAAAAUCGAUUUUGUGAAAAGAUCGUAAAAAAUGCUAUCGCAUCAAAGACUGAAUUAAGAAAAUCAUAGUUGAUUUCUAUUCAGGCUUUUGUUCCUUUCUUAAUGCUUCACCACUAGUUAUUUUGUUCAUUUUAAAACUUGCAUUUUAACAUAUAUGAAACACUUGACACAAAACAAUUGAUGUUCAAACGUGAAUCUGGUCUGAUCAAUAUGCAAAUUUAGUAGAUUAAAUUAGCGUAAUUUGCCUAAUAAAAGUCCGCUAGUUUAAAUGCUACGACCGCUAACAUAUUUACAAUUCUCAUAGCAACUUGCUCACACGUAACGCCACAAACUGUAGCUGUAAACUUUAUUACAAAUGCAUACACGAACAUAUAUUAGCUGAAACAACUUACAGCUUUAUGUGGGCUAAACCAAAGCGCAGAGAUCCUUUAUCCACGUCAGACGUCGGAGUCUGUUCCUGAGUCAUACAAGAUGACAGUCCCGCCAGACCCAACGCUGCCACCAGAGGGUAGUUUAUCCUCCAUCAUUAAACAAAAUACAAUACUUUUGGACUUUUUCGAGUUAUUUUGGGGUACUGAAUGAGUUAAUAAUGACAUAUACGGAACUUCAUGACUUUUUAUGGAACACCUCUUUACUUUUACUUGGAUAAUAUUUUGAAGGAACGCUAAUCUUAUUUGAGUAAAAUCUUUGACUACGCCACCCACCUCUGAACAUAGGCGUCAAGUUGUUUGAAACCAUUAUGCAAUGGUAUAUGUAUAUGAAAUCAAGAUUUUUUUUUCUCACACAGACACACAAAAAAAAAAAAAGGUCUGACAAUUUGUCAACCCACUUUACCGUUUUUUUUUUCUUCAAAUUUUUAUUUCCUGACCCACGUAUUGAUAAUUGUGAUAUGUUCCAACCCCUCAAUAGAAUGGAAUAGACCCGCAUUUUUUCUGCUGGGGAAAAAAAUAUUAGCUGAUUUUUACUCUACUCAAAUACCAGAACAGAGUGAAAAAUUUUUGGGUUAUUUCAUGUUUUUAUUGUUUAUUUUUAAUGUUAAUGUUACAUUGUUUUUGAUGAGAAUCGAGCAUUUACGUUUGCCUUUUUGAUACUCCGUUUUGUCUCAGCCAUUUUCAAAGAUCCAAAAAUAGCAACGAGGGCGUGCUAAACCUCAUGGUUUGAUUUCGAUGGGUAAAGUUUCGUCCAAUCAUCUCCCAGAAGUGGCAAUAGCAACCAAAUUCAGUGUAUUUAUUCAUUUUGGGACGCAAAUACAUCAUGUCCUUCAGCAGCAUGCUCAAGUCUGAAGGGGUUAAGGAAGACUGUGUUUCCCAUGAGGACCAACGCACACCCGCACAGUGUCGUAAAAUUUCCUGGGUCACUUGUAGAUGGAUUAAAUGACAUUUCUGUUUCUAGCGGCUGUGUGAAGGAUGAAUAGUAAUAAGCAGAGGUGGGUAGUAACCAGUGUUGUCACUGAUUACUUAAAAAAAUAAUUUAAUUACUGAUUACUGAUUACACCUCAAAAAAGUAAUCUAGUUACUUUACCGAUUACUUAUCAAAGUAACUAAGUUACUUUAAAAGUAACUUAUGUUACCUUUUACCAAUUUUUGUCCUUUUGCUGUCUCAACAUAAAAAUGCCAACAAAAAAAGUCAUUGCAUGUAAUUGAGUUACUUUACCGAUUACUUUAUUAUCAAAGUAACUAAGUUACUUUAAAAGUAACUUAUGUUACUUUCGACCAAUAUUUCUCCUUUUGCUGCCUCAACAUAAAACAAUUGUGGUUUAUUAGAGCCUACAUGUAUUUAAGUUAGCGGAUCACUUUAAACUCAACCGAACCUUUUCGUCGGAAAACGUUCUGUGAUCUGGCGGUCCUUCUUGACUUCAUUAGCAAGCAGUCGCUAUACUCCGGACAGCUUCGAUGUUAACUUUUUUCGAUGUAAAAAAAUUGCCUCGAUGUGAAUUUUUUGCUUGAUUCAAAACACUUUUUUUUUUUUUUUAAUUUAUUUUUUUGCUUUGACAGAAAAGAAAUCUACCGUGUUCCUUUAGGGGCAGUUUUUUCCCUCUUUUUU